AGGGACUGGAGGCUGGCGCCUGAGCUCCGAGAGAGAGCAUAGCCAGGGCUCAGUCAGCCAAGGAGGUGACUGCCAGCCUGCAGGCUUCAAGCCACCACCACCCCUGGGGGUAGACACUCGGCCUGCAACACCCCCGGGUCUGUCUGUCUCCUCCACCCCCCCCCAGGAAGCCAUGGUCCCACUGAGGCCGGGCGCCCCUGAGGGCCCCCAAGCGCAUCGGAUGUCGCAUCGCUGAGUUUGGAGAGGCCAAGAGGUCACCUUCCCUCAACACGCCCCCACACCACACCAACUAAGAGUUGGGAGACAAGGUGUGUCAUGGAGCCUCCGGCCGUCCCUUCGGAGAGGAGCUUAUCCCUGUCUCUCCCCGGACCCCGGGAGGGUCAGGCAACCCUGAAGCCACCUCCCCAGCACCUGUGGCGACAGCCGAGGACCCCCAUCCGUAUCCAGCAGCGUGGCUACUCGGACAGUGCGGAGCGCUCGGAGUCUGAGCGGGCACCCCACCGGCCCAUAGAGCGCGCCGACGCCGUGGACACCUGCGAUCGGCCUGGCCUGCGGACCACCCGUAUGUCCUGGCCCUCCUCCUUCCACGGCACGGGGACCGGCAGCUGUAGGCGCUUGGAGGCAGAAAAUGGACCAACACCAUCCUCCGGACGCAGCCCUCUGGACUCGCAGGCGAGCCCAGGGCUGGUGCUGCAUGCUGGGACAGCCACCAGCCAGCGCCGGGAAUCCUUCCUCUACCGUUCAGACAGUGACUAUGACAUGUCACCCAAGACCAUGUCUCGUAACUCAUCGGUCACCAGUGAGGCGCAUGCUGAGGACCUAAUUGUGACACCGUUUGCCCAGGUGCUGGCCAGCCUCCGCAGCGUUCGAAGCAACUUCUCACUCCUAACCAAUGUGCCCAUCCCCAGUAACAAGCGGUCCCCGCUGGGCGGCCCACCCCCUGUCUGCAAGGCCACGCUGUCAGAGGAGACAUGCCAGCAGCUGGCCCAGGAAACCUUGGAGGAGCUGGACUGGUGUCUCGAGCAGCUGGAGACCAUGCAAACGUACCGCUCUGUCAGCGAGAUGGCUUCACACAAGUUCAAAAGGAUGCUGAACCGGGAACUCACACACUUGUCAGAAAUGAGCAGAUCUGGGAACCAGGUCUCAGAGUACAUUUCUACCACGUUCCUGGACAAACAGAAUGAAGUAGAGAUCCCAUCACCCACGAUGAAAGACAGAGAGCCACAAGAUAUAGCAAGACAGAGACCCUCCCAGCAGCCUGUACCACCCUCGGUUCGACAGUCCCAGCCCAUGUCACAGAUCACCGGGUUGAAGAAGCUGGUGCACAGUGGCAGCUUGAACGACACCAGCAUCCCACGCUUUGGGGUGAAGACGGACCGGGAGGAGCUCUUGGCACAAGAACUGGAGAACUUGAGCAAGUGGGGUCUGAACAUCUUCUGUGUGUCAGAUUACGCUGGAGGCCAUUCACUCAGUUGUAUCAUGUAUACGAUAUUCCAGGAACGGGACCUGCUGAAGAAAUUCCGAAUCCCAGUGGACACCAUGGUAACAUACACGCUGACACUGGAGGACCAUUACCAUGCUGACGUGGCCUAUCACAACAGCCUACAUGCGGCUGAUGUGCUGCAAUCAACCCAUGUGUUGCUAGCCACACCUGCACUGGAUGCCGUGUUCACAGACCUGGAGAUUUUGGCUGCCCUCUUUGCUGCUGCCAUCCAUGAUGUGGACCACCCUGGGGUCUCCAACCAGUUCCUCAUCAACACCAAUUCGGAGCUGGCACUGAUGUACAACGACGAGUCGGUACUGGAGAAUCACCACCUAGCCGUGGGCUUCAAGCUGCUUCAGGAAGAAAACUGUGACAUCUUCCAGAACCUCAGCAAGCGCCAGAGGCAGAGCCUUCGCAAGAUGGUCAUCGACAUGGUGCUGGCCACGGACAUGUCCAAGCACAUGACCCUUCUGGCUGACCUAAAGACCAUGGUGGAGACUAAGAAAGUGACCAGCUCUGGAGUUCUCUUGCUGGACAACUAUGCUGAUCGCAUCCAGGUCCUCCGAAACAUGGUACACUGCGCAGACCUCAGCAACCCCACUAAGCCACUGGAGCUGUACCGCCAGUGGACCGACCGCAUUAUGGCUGAAUUCUUCCAACAAGGUGACCGGGAACGGGAGAGAGGCAUGGAGAUCAGCCCCAUGUGUGACAAGCACACAGCCUCUGUGGAGAAGUCACAGGUGGGUUUCAUCGACUACAUUGUCCACCCAUUGUGGGAGACGUGGGCAGACCUCGUCCACCCAGAUGCCCAGGACAUCCUGGACACUUUAGAAGACAACAGAGACUGGUACUAUAGUGCCAUCCGCCAGAGCCCUUCACCACCCCUGGAGGAGGAGCCAAGGGGACUGGGCCACCCCACCCCAUUGGAUAAGUUCCAGUUUGAAUUAACAUUGGAGGAAGAGGAGGAGGAUGAAGAAGAGGAUGCACUGGAUGUACCGAGGUUACCUAUAACUGAGGAACCCUCUCUGGUUCCAGAUGACAUCAUGGCCCAGGAUAAAGAAUCAUGGAAGGUCCAGGUUCCAGUGUCAACAAAGCUGGAGGUAGAAGAGAGUUGGAGACAGGGGACAGACUCAGCCUGCAGUGUUCCUCAGGAGUCUGUGGGAGCUGUGGGCUGCUCCUCUGGUGUUGUUACCCCCAUGCUGCCUGACUUGAGGACCCUGACCCCCUCAGAGGAGCUCCCGGGCCUCCUGGGCCUCCCCUCCAUGGCAGCAGAGGUGGAGGCCCUAAGAGACAAUGUGGCUGCCACAAUGGUGUGUCACACCUGCUCAGCAACAUCAGGGGAUGAUGCAGCCAUUCUCCCAGCCCCUGACGGGUGGGGGUCAGAAGGAGACCUUACCUGACCCCUACUCCCCUCACCCUGGGGUCCUCCCUCCUCCCCACUCUUCCCACCCACCACCUCAUCUGCCUCAGACUCCUGGUCCUCCUGAGAAAAAAGAAAACAGAAAAGUGGGUUUUUUUUUCUUUUUUUCCCCUUACCCCCCUCUUUCACUCAUGGGGCCUUUUUGUGGAGGCAGGGGCUGGGGAGCCAGGGACUAAGUCCUAAAAAAGGGAUUUUAUUUUUUGAAUUCUA